AUGCCACCUAAGAGGUUUUUCAAAAGGAAAACACCAUAUGGUGCCGACUCAGGCUCUGGAACAGGCAAUGCCGGUGCGGAUUCGCCUCAGAUUCAGUUUGAUCUAGGAGUAGAAAAGAAAAAGGUAACUGUAAGGAAAUUCAAGAAUAUGAAGUUGAUUGACAUCAGAGAAUACUAUCAGAAAGAAGGUCUGUGGAUGCCUGGAUCUAAAGGGAUUUCAUUGACAGAAGAGCAAUGGAAUGCCCUUGUGAAUAGAAUGGUUGAUAUUAGCGAAGCGUUACAUAAGAUUGACGAUAAGGAGCAACUCGAUGUGAUGAAGGUUGCCCUUGAGACCAAAAACAUUGCAAUGAAGGAGCAAACAAGAGAACAAAGCGCUGGUGCUGGUGCUGGUGCUGCAGCAGAAGAAGAGGAAGAUGAAGAUGUGGACGAUGUUGAGUUUGAAGAUGUUAGUGAAGCUCCUGAUGCAAAGCGAGUUAAAACAGAGUAA